UUUUCCAUUUAUAUAAACGGCACUUUAUCGCGGUCUUCUAAUAUUCAUCGCUAAUACCUUCGGCUAUCUACGUCAUGAAUAAGUUAGUGACUUUGUGCUCCGCGGUCUUGUUGGUGCUGGCGGCCGUCUGCCACGCUUACAAUUUUCAGGACGCCGAGUUUAAUGAACUGUUAUCCUCGGAGUUCCAGGAUAUGGUAGACUCGGUGGACUUUGCUCCAUUGCAUCCACGUGCCAGACGCGAUGACGAAGCAGUCUCCGAUGACAAAUGCCAAAAAAAACGCCCCCCACGUAGACCAAGAGUCUGCUGUGCCGAAGAGAGUCUGGACGCUAUCCAUGAAAAAGAAAAAGACACUUCAAGGAGUUGCUACAAGGAAGUGACUGGACUAGACAGACCUGAGAAGCCAGAGCAUGGGUUCCAUGGACCACCCCAUAAGAAAUUCGACUUGUUUAGCUGUGAGGGAGUUGAAAAGAGAAAGAGUGAUAUGAUUUGCAUUCAAGAGUGCGUGGGAAAGAAAAAAGGCAUGCUCAAUGAAGAUGGUACGCUGAACCCAGAAGGAAUCACCAAAAUCCUAUUAGAAACCUUUACGAAAGAGACUUGGGUGAAACCAAUGGCCGAGCAGAUCGUAGCGAAAUGUAUCGCCGAAGCAAAAACCGCCAACGAAAAACCCAUUAAGUUCUACACAGAAGUGAAACGAUGCAGUCCGGCCACCCUUACUUUGAAACACUGCAUGUUCAAGGAGGUGCAGCUGAGCUGUCCUGCUGAUGAAAUAAAAGAUAAAGGGGCAUGCGAGAAGUACCAGGAGAGACUGAAGAAGGGAGAGCUGGACGUACCUCCACCACCACCACCACCUUCUGGAAGAAUCGAUGUAGAAUUGAAGGAGGAUUAGAGCUUGAUUAUUGAUAGAUUUAAGUAUUAAGUAAGGUGAUAUUUUAUGUGUUAAAUACGGGUUGAUUUUUUUUAUGGAAGUUUAACCUGACGGUAGAAAGGUAGUUUAUAGACGUAUUUAUGUCAGGUGAGGUUCCUAAUAAAUAGAAAGAAUAA